GAAAAGUAGAAUAAUAUUCGGUUAGGGUUUUGUGUUUUGUUGCUUGACUCGCCUCCCUCAGUCCUCAUUCUUCCUGCUUGGUGCCUCCCUGGCUCCCUCCAUUUUCAAAGACAUUCAGAUAUGGAUGAUUAUAAUGUUCAUUGAAUUUUGCUAAUUUGUCCUCCAUAAUUGUUCAGCACGAGUUUUUAUCCCAAACCACUACAAUUAAGAUACCCCUUUUGAUGAUUUAGGUUUACUACUUUGCUUUGCAAUGAAAAUGUCUAGUUUGAGCAAUUCUUCACUACUGGGUAGUUCAGCAAAAAAUAAGAGAAAUUUAUUACCCAUUCCUCAUGGAACAAUACCUCAACCUAAAGGUCAAGAUCUUGAUUUUGUGAAUGUGGCAUAUAGCCAUCUCAUACAUUCUGAGUGGGAAAAAUUAGAGGAUUUAUCAAGUGGGUUGAACCCAUUUAGGUUUAAACAUGUAUUGUUAAAGCUUAAGAAGGAUUACGUACUUUCAUAUGAGUUUUAUAAGUGGGUUAAUCUCAAAAAACCUAAUUUCCAUAACCUUGAAACUCAUUCCAUGAUUCUCCAUGUUCUGACAAAGCACCGAAAAUUUAAGUCUACUCAAGAAAUUAUGAAGAAUAUACUGAAUUCGCGCUCGAUUGAGUUGCAUAUUAAGUUGUUUGAGGCAAUAUUAUACUCGUAUCGAUUGUGUGAUUCAUCCCCUUGUGUUUUUGAUGCACUUUUUAAGACUCUUGCCCAUAUGAAGAAGUUUAGAUAUGCUACUGAUACCUUUUGCCUGAUGAAAGAUUAUGGGUUUUUACCUACGAUCGAGUCGUGCAAUGCACUUAUGAGUUCCUUGCUUAGUUUUAAUAGGGUGGAUAUAGUAUUAUCUUUUUAUAGGGAAAUCAAGAAAUGUAAAAUUUUGCCGAAUGUGUAUACUAUGAACAUGGUUAUUUCGGCUUAUUGUAAGUUAGGAAAUUUAGAAAGGGCUUUGGAGGUGUUUCAUGAUAUGACAAGCAUGGGAAUCUUCCCUACUGUUGCUUCAUAUAAUACACUUAUUGGAGGCUAUUCUGAUAAGGGCUUGAUUUCCUCUGCCUUGAAGUUAAAAUCCUCCAUGGAAAAAAAUGGUUUGAAGCGAGAUGUUGUUACUUAUAACACCCUUAUCUAUGGAUAUUGCAAAGAAGGGAAAUUGCAGGACGCAUACAAGGUCUUUAAUGAGAUGAAAUCAGUCGAGAUACCUCCAAAUACAAUAACAUAUAAUUCUUUGAUUAAUGGAUAUAGCCAAUUGGGUAAUAGUGCGAUGGGUUAUGAGCUUUAUGAAGAUAUGCUGAAAUUCGGUGUAAAGGCGGACAUUGUGACAUAUAAUGCUUUGAUUUUGGGGUUCUGCAACGAGGGUAAGACCAAGAAAGCCGCCUUUGUGGUUAAAGAACUUGACAAGCAGAAUUUAGUCCCUAAUUCCUCAACUUAUUAUGCUCUUAUUUUGGGACAAUGCAUGAGAAAGAACUCAGAACGUGCGUUCGAACUGUAUAAAAGUAUGAUUAGAAGUGGUUGUUAUCCAAACAGUAAAACAUAUGGGAUUUUGAUCUCUUGCUUCUGUCAUAAUAAGGAUUUUGAUGUAGCAAUUGGGGUGUUGAGGGAAAUGCUAGGAAGAAGUGUGGUUCCUGAUUCUGCAGUCGUUUCGGAGUUGUGCAAUGGCCUUUUCCUAAAUGGAAAUGCUGACUUAGCUGUAAAGCUGCGCGAUGAGGUAGAUGCUACAUUUCGUGGCUGAGAGUUCUGGAGUUGCCACUGAAUGUCUUUGCCUUAUGAUAUAGUUCCCUCUUUCCAGGUUCGUCUCAAUUGGGAGGAUGACAUUGCAAUAAUGAAAAAUAUAUACUUUGAAAUGUCUUUUUGCUCGUAUACGCAGUUUAGAAAACCAAAAGUGUUUGUGGCUUAAUGGGAUAGAGCAUCUGUAUGUGGAACAGAAGGUUUGGGGUUCAACCCUUACUGGGCGCAGGUAUUAGUUGGGGGUUCUUGACUGCUCGCAUCUCUCUUUACUCUCUCCUUAAAGGAACGGGUAUGAUUUAUUCGCAUCUUUCAGGAAAAAAAAAAUCCACCUGAACCCUGCCUUGUGCUGGAUACUGGAAGGAUCCUUUACCUUUACGCAUUUUAGAUAGGAGCUUAGGAUUACACGUAUGACUUUUUACAUGUUUAACAGGUAUCAUCAUUUGGACUUUUUUUCAUCGCGGUCUUGUAGAAGAAGCUGCCCGAAAAUCAAUGUUGAUCCUUUUCUCAUGUUUUGGAUAAAUUUUCUGUCAGCAAGAAAGCACUUUUUUAAAUUACCAUAUUAAUGAAAUGUAUAUAUUUUUCAUGGCUGUGUUUUUACAAAGUAAAACAUUUCAAAUAUACUCUUUCUUUAGCAGUAUUUCCCCAAUUUUCAGGGCCAGAAUGUAUGAUCCAGUAAUGAAGGAUUUUUUUUUGUUCUUAUUCUUAUUACUCCAAUGGUUAUAGUGCUACUUAAAUUAUCAAUAUCUAUAUAUAUUUAUUGGCCAAAGGGAUAUUUAUCAGCGUAGAAUUAAAUAGAAAAUUAAAAAAAAAAA